UUGAUUGUUGUCUUUAGAAAUACAACAAUUGACUUUUAAAUUUUUAAAUAAAAGAUUAAAUUAAAUGAUAAAGGUGAACUAGUUCGGGCUAUAUUUUGCUAAUAGAAAGCAUUUCAUUUUGGACUUGUUACCAAAUUACCUUUACCCGCCAAAUCAUCUUUGACUUUUUGCUUCUCAUCCCUUUCUUUUCCUCUGUCUACAAAAAUCUUCGCUUAGCUCUGCAAUCCUCUGUCAUCUGUCUAUUUUCCUUUCUAGGUAUCUUGGCAGAUUAAUCUCAGCCAAUAAUUUCUAAAUUGCUGUUGUUUCAGUUUUGAUCAUGAACGUUUUUAUCCUUUCCUUUUAUAAUCUUGAUUAAUUUGAAUCUCUGAUUUUUCACCAUUGUGACAACGUGUCUUAAGCUUAUUCAAGAAUCAUCUUUUUGACUUUAAAUUAUUAUUACUCAAAUAUUACCUUCAAUCUUUGAUCUCAUCCAUCUAUAAACAUGACAAUUGGACUUAAUUUAAGCUUCAAAUUACCCCUUUUUUUCAUUUUAAUUGGCGUUGGUACUGCUGUAUAUUAUGAUGUUGUUAAUCAUGGAAGCUUCCAAAAAUCUGUCACUGGUAAAUGGAUGAAAGAUAGUGGAAUCCUUGGCAUUUAUCAAACGAUCAAUAAGGAGAUGUCAACCAAAUUACCAGUUUUCACUGCCAGCGUGUACAAGCUUAUGAAUGCUGAUAAAAUCAAAGAGGGCAUAGUAUCUGGUUAUCGACACCUGGCAAAGCUUUUAGAACCAGUUUCUGCAUGGGUUUACAAGAACUUUCCAUUGAGAUUAGAAUAUACAAAUGAAGUUGUCAUCCCAAUGAUCGUCAACAGUGUCUCAAAAUUCACCUCUGGAGUAGGCAGCUAUCUUGCUGUUGGUCAAGAAAAUUUCAAGGAUUUGUCAAUCAACUUAGGAGCAUGGAUAAAUGAAAAUCUUAAUUUAGAUGGUGUAUCCUUCCAAAAGAUUCAAGGAACCUUCGCCGAUGGUGUGCAUAGAAUUCAAUCGACCAUGAUUGACGCAUUCAACUGGGCUCACCAACAGCUUGUCGGAUAUUAAGGACUCCAUUCAAUAUUUUAUACAAAUUUCUGAAUAUAUAUAUUAUAUAUGGAUAUUUAUGUCUAUGUACUCUGUAUAUUUAUUAGGACUUUAGUGUUAAUAGGAGAGAAGACAUGAAAUUAAGUCAACCUUGUUGCUCCCAAUUUCUUCCUUUAAAUUUUUGCCAUAACAUUCAUUCAAGUCAACUUAAUUUCCUAGUUAUGAAAUCAAUUUAACCAAUCCUUAAUCUUAAUGGGUUAUACUCUUCACUACAAUUCAGUUAUCUGUAUUUUAAUAUGAAUUACAACAAAAUUAUGCACACAAACUACCAAGGAUUCCAUCAACCAAUUCCACUCUUUUACUUUGAAAAAUUUAUAAUUGUCAGUUAACUUUAAAUCAAUUUUUCAUCAACACCAAUUAUUGUUUUCCAGCGAACAAAACAAAGAAAUGACUCAAGCCAUGAACGAUUCACCGCUUAUAUCCAACAGAAUCAACAAUGAUAAACACGCACGGAGUCAAAAUGAAUGUGAAGGCUCAAGCUUAUUAUUUAUGAAGUCAAGUCAUCUUUAAGUCCAAACAUUUUUUUUCAUUUUUAUAAUCAAUUGUUGACAAAAAAACAAAAGGCAAAUAAUUACCAAUAAUUGUCAAUACUCAAAUUGAUCUCUGUUUGCUUAUCUAACAGUCAAAUAAAAUCAUUUCCAAAACAAUUAAGAUUUGAA